AUUUAUGAAGGAGAGGAAGAGGCUGUGAGAGAAGGUCAUUGUCUUAUCCUAGUUUGUUGUUGAUUGUUGUGAGCAGAUGGAAUGGCUCUGAGAGCCAAAGAUCAAAAGAUGGGCAAAAGAGAGCCCCUCAAUUUUCAGCCUCAAAGGCUCACACAGCUCCAAAAAAAACCAAAAUCUCAAAAGCCCAUACUAUUCCCAACUGUUGCUGUUAACCAGAAGAAGAAGAAGAAGAAGAAGAAGUGAAAGGAACUUAAAGGGGGCAUGGCAAAGCUGGCGGUGGUGCAGCAAAAGCAGCCUUCUUUCUCUCUCCUCCCCUCUUCUCUCUCCGACUUCAAUGGCACCAGACUUCACACCCGUGUACAGUAUAAGGGAAAGGCGUGGAAGCCAAAAGGAGCCUUAAAUAUUACAGCAUCAAUUAGUACCAAGAAAAUCCUUAUAAUGGGAGGCACUCGGUUCAUUGGUGUGUUUUUGUCAAGACUCCUUGUCAAAGAAGGCCAUCAGGUAACUCUGUUUACAAGAGGAAAAGCACCCAUUACCCAACAAUUGCCCAGCGAGUCAGACACAGAUUAUGCUGUUUUUUCAUCUAAGAUCUUGCAUUUGAAAGGAGACAGGAAGGACUUUGAGUUCGUAAAAACCAGUCUUUCAGCUGAAGGCUUUGAUGUUGUCUAUGACAUAAAUGGUCGCGAGGCAGAUGAAGUAGAACCCAUUUUGGAUGCAUUGCCAAAUCUACAACAGUAUAUAUACUGUUCUUCAGCUGGUGUUUAUCUCAAAUCUGAUCUUUUGCCUCACUGUGAGACCGAUGCAGUUGAUCCAAAGAGCAGACACAAGGGCAAGCUCGAGACAGAGAGCUUACUGAAAUCACGGGGUGUUAACUGGACUUCUUUAAGACCAGUCUAUAUCUACGGGCCAUUGAACUACAACCCUGUUGAAGAGUGGUUUUUCCACCGGUUGAAAGCUGGCCGUCCAAUUCCAAUUCCCAACUCAGGAAUGCAAAUAACCCAACUUGGUCAUGUUAAGGAUUUAGCCAGGGCAUUCCUUCAGGUUCUUGGAAAUGAAAAAGCCAGCAAACAAGUGUUCAACAUCUCUGGAGAAAGAUAUGUUACCUUUGAUGGCUUAGCAAGGGCAUGCGCGAAGGCUGCUGGGUUUCCUGAGCCUGAAAUUAUUCACUUCAACCCAAAGGAAUUUGAUUUUGGUAAAAAGAAGGCCUUCCCAUUCCGUGACCAGCAUUUCUUUGCGUCAGUAGACAAAGCAAAGACUGUGCUUGGUUGGAAUCCUGAAUUUGGACUGGUGGAAGGUCUUGCAGACUCCUACAACCUUGAUUUUGGCAGGGGAACCUACAGGAAAGCGGCUGAUUUCUCCACAGAUGACAUAAUUCUUGGCAAGAGUCUUGUUCUCCAAAGCUAGGCAAUUUGUAUAUUUCUUUUUCUGGGCUAGGAAAUUUUUCCAUUUGCUUCAAAGAAAAUUACAAGACAUGAGAAAGAAUUCCCAUAAAGCAAACAUUGCUGUUUAUGUAUGGGUGAUUUUAUGCUGUAUGAAGAGGUAAAUAAUUAAAGCAUGAUUCUCCAUUAGGAGAUCAGAGUUCUACUUGA